AUGGACAACUCCACCCCGCAACCGAUCCCAACCCCAAAUCCAACCGCAGACCCAAACACAACAGACGACCGGCAACAAAAAGAAGCGCUGGCGGCCUUUACAGCAACGCUUCACUCAGUUGGAACAAACCUCGAAGCACCGCUCCGCGACCGCGCAGCAAACAUCCAUACAAAUACGGCGGCGCUAGAGAUACAGGAAGCCGAGCUAGCGGGAAAUACGCUGCGACUAGCGUGGCAGAAUCAGCAGUGGACUAAAUUCGCGGACGAGACGCGCGAGGGAUUCAAGGAGAUUGGGGAUAUCCAGAAUUGGGCGGAGAUGAUUGAGCGCGAUUUGCUGGCCUUGGAGGAGAUGAUGGAUGUCGUUGAGAGGGGUCAUGCGGCACACAGGAAUGAGAAUGGUGAUGAGACGGAAUGGAAUGGAGGUGUUGGGAAUGACAACUCAAACAGCCGAAAGGGGCAGGUUGAUAUUGAUGCUACUGGGAAGAAAGUAGAUCAGCCAGCGAAAGGCUGGAUGCGAUGGUGGUGA